UAAAUAGAAACUGGGAUUUCCCCUACAAUCUUUACGAUUAUGUAUACUUUAAUAUUAGUUUAUUACGUAAUUCGUUGAAGAUGACGGUAGAUGUGUCUGCUUAUUGUGUAACUUUUCUCUCAUUGUUAAUAAUAGGACAAUUAAUGUUUAACACUUCAACUGUAGAGUCGGCGGCGCUGUACAAUCGUAUAUCAGCAGUUUCCCGGCCUUGUCCACGGAACAAGUACGUCGCGGGUUAUACAAAUGGUACCAUACGAUGUUCAAGAUGUUCCCACUGCCCUAGAGGAUUUCAAGUACAGGUCAAAUGUAGUGCAUACAGCAAUACAAUAUGUGAACCUUGUCCAUCCGGUUGGUACAAUGACGUUAGAGGUAGUCAGUGUAAACCGUGUUCCGGAUGUAAGUUGGGGGAAUAUAUUCGGCGCAGUUGCAUCGCAACACGAGAUACAAAGUGUCGAAAAUGUCCUAGAGACACGUAUUCUCUUUCGUUUAAUUUGACGACAUGCUUGAGAUGUAAGAGAUGUCGGCACAAUGAGAAAAUAGUUUCCAAAUGCAACCGCUUUAGAAACACUGUUUGUGGAAACUGUUUUAAAGACCAUUUUAGAGAGUCAUCAACGGGAAGCUGUUUGCGGUGCUCUCCGUGUCCUUACAAACAGCAACAUCUGGUUGUUGUGCCAGAAUGUCGUGAUAAACUUGGAAAACGUCACUCAAAUAUAUGUUGGCCUGGGGAAACAAUGGUUUUAUUCAACAGUGGAGAUGAAAAUUACAGUUAUAACUCAGAGAUUACAGAAAAGUUACUUGAUGUCGAAUUAGAAGACUACACUUAUAUGCGGAAAUAUUUAACUGCUAUACCUAUUAUCCUAGGGUCCAUUUUAAGUUGUGUCGUUGUUUUUACAUCAGUGUAUGUUUUCAUGCAUUUUACAAAGUGUGAACAGGUUUGGAAAUUAACAAGACUAGUAGGGUUUGUAAACGACAUAAUAAUUAAAAUAGCAAGCGUAAAGUCGCUUGAAAAUCGUGCUGAUGAUUGUACACAAUACGAAGAUUAUGCUACCGUUGGUACUGACUCAGUAAAAUCGACCGAUGGUUUUAACUCUGACUUUAAAAAAGACAGUGAAAGUGUGUCUCAAAUUGAAAGCUUGCCUUUAAAAUAGACGUUAAUACACCUUAAUUUAGAAAAACAAAACCGAUUUAAUUCUAAACAGUUUGCUAGAUUGCCUCAGAGAGAUUUGCACACGCACCGUUAAUAGCUGACAUGGAUAAUUUAAAACUUCACACUUUAGCAAAGAUAUUAACAUAAAUCUUUUAAAAUGUUAUGUAUGUGAUAAUAUUACUAUAACAUUGUACUUCAAGGCCAAUCAUCCAAAACAAAUCGUCUAUAAAAAUACGUUGUUGAAUUUAAAUUACGCCGAAUAAGAUUAGACGUUGGUACAGUAACAUUGCUGACAACUUUAAUAAAGCUGUGCAAAAUAUUACAGAUUGGUUUCUGGUGAAACAAAAACAAAGUCAUCACAGACAUUAUAAAUCGUCAUUUUCGUAUCGAUUGCUGUUUACAAGUGAGGCUUCUCUACAGAGCUGAUAUACAUGGUUUGAAAUGAAAUGUACCAGAAAGAACAAAAUGAAAACCUAUAUUUUCACACUUACCCUGCUGAAUUUCUAUAAUGAACAUGUCAAUCUUUCAAUUUUGACAGUACCAUUAACUGUUAAAAGAGAUGCUUUCAAAAAAGAUACUGACUCGAUGGCGAAGAGUGCAGAUGAUGGUCAGACUGCGUCAAGAUCUGCACUGGUCGCAAAGUCAGAAUCAAUCGUGUCCAGCAUGAUGAGGGUUAAAAUUUUCAUUAAUUUCAUGUACAUUGUAUAUUGUUGGUGAAACUCUUAAAAGGGUCUUAGACUUGUUAUGUUGUUUCGAUGAAUACUUGCAGAAGAUGUAUAUGUUCUACACUGUAAUUAAAAUAAGACUAGAAUCUGUAAAAGUCUUGAGCACAGGAUUUACAAUUAAAUGUCUACUUUUAUGUAACAUAAUCAACCUUUGAUACUUUUUGAGAAGUUUUCGGUUUGCAAUGACUGAACGAAACCAAACAAUGUUUUUUCCAGUACUUUUAAUAUACUAGACAGCAAAACUCUUCUUGCCGAUCAAUUAACAAAAAACAUCCAAUGCGCAUCGUUCACUACAAUACUACAUUUUUACAAAACAACUUGAAAUGUCGAGAAUCCUUAUCAAUUCUAACUAUUUAAGCUAUUGUUGUGUUUGAAGAGCUACAUUCACAAUUAAAUGUCACGUAAAACAGUCUGUUGUCAAGAAAAGAAAUAUACUGUGCUUAGCUGUGUGCACAAUUUAAAACUUUACACACAGCACUACUUAUACCCAUAAACAUGUUAAUUUUGUAUUUACAUAGAUACUAUAGACAUAAACUAUUUGUUAAUAUUAUAUUACUUUGAGUCUAAUAUACAUUGAAUGUUGUUUUGUGCAUAAUAUGCAGUACUCUAAGCUUA